AUGAGGGUUCUGGAUACGACGACCCUAGAGCUCGUGGAGUUCCACGACCUACCCCUCAAACCUUACGUGACUCUAUCUCACACGUGGGGCCGGGGCGAGGUCACCUUUCAAGAGAUGACGGCCCUACACGCCGAAGAGGGCAGCAGCAAACGGCGUAAAGCCGCCAUCCGACAGAAACGCGGGUUCCGGAAGAUAAGCACGACCUGCGCCAAGGCGAGGGACGACGGCUUCGCCUACGCCUGGGUCGACACCUGCUGCAUCGACAAGACGAGCAGCGCGGAGCUCUCCGAGUCCAUCAACUCCAUGUUCCGCUGGUACCAGGAGUCCGCGAUAUGCUACGCCUACCUGGUCGACGUGUCUACCGCCGACGACGUCGUCGACGUCUGGGACGAGGCCCGCUUCGACCGCGACGGGCUGUUCGCGGCGAGCCGCUGGUUCACCAGGGGCUGGACGCUCCAGGAGCUGCUUGCGCCCGAGGUCGUCGAGUUCUACGCCGCCGACUGGACCGAGAUCGGCACCAAGUCAUCUUUGGCAUCGCGCAUCGCCGGCAUCACGAAGAUCGACGUCGACGUGCUGGAGGGGAAGAAAUCCAUCAGGCGUCGCUGCGCGGCGGAGCGGCUGUCGUGGGCCGCGGCGAGGCAGACCACCCGGAUGGAGGACAUGGCCUACUCUCUACUUGGAAUCAUGGACGUGAACAUGCCGCUGCUGUACGGGGAGGGCAAGCGCGCUUUCAUGCGACUGCAGGAGGCCAUGCUGAAGGAGAGGGAGGACUACUCCCUGCUGCUGCCGAACCUGGCGACGUACAUCACGGCGAUGCUCAGGGAGACCGUCUCGCCUCCGGGGGACGUCACCGUGUCGUUGGGCGAAGACUCGAGCCGGGCUCCCCCGCUGGCCGAGGACCCGAGUGAUUUCCGCGUGGAAGACCCGAGCAUCUGGUCGUACGCCAUGGUCGACUACUGGACGGCCACGGAAUCCGCGAUGGGCACGGAGAGCCACCACGCGCCGUAUCUCAGUCCCAGAGGCCUUCAGAUCUGUCUGCGGCCGGGCGGCGAACCCGGCGGCGCGAACGAUUCGAAGCGGUUGAUGUCGCGGCGUUUCGACACCUAUUGUAGAACGAUGAACCACUGCAUCUUCAUCGGACUCAGCGGCAGUCCCAUCGGCAGCAACUUCGUGCGCACGCGCGCCUUCGACUUGGUCCCCUUCGACGGGAGGGACAGGUCCUGGAAGCGAAACAUCAUCAACAGGUUCCAGAGCAUCUGCAUCCUCCAGCUCGGGACCAGGGCGCUGACGCACAGGAGCCAGCGCAACUUGAGGUUAGGAGAGGGUGUUUCGUCGUCUGGGUGGAUCGUGGACGCCUCUUCUCUUUCUACCCUGGAGAUGGUGUGGUUCGACGAACUAGAUGACAACUUGGCAAUCGGGCCCGAGAUAUGGCAACGAGUUGUUGCCAUGGGAUGGUGCUAUGGAGCUCCGGGAGAGGCUGGACCUUUUCUGUUCGCCGUGGGUGACCACUGGUCUGCGAUAUUAACACAGAGCGAAUGUCGAAGUCGUGGUAUUGUAACGGGCAACUCGGAACGGUGUACGGCGGCAAUGACAGAUGCGAUUCGCACCAAAGUCUCUGAAAAGGGCCCGGACCGACAGUUCAUUCGUCUCCGGGAAGUCGUUAUUCAGGUCACGUUUAGAAAUACCGGCGCGGACGAAGCCAUCGGCACACUCACGCUCACAGCUCAUUGGAAGACGAAGUAG